AUGGCUUCUAGAUCCCGACAGCUACAGGUACACUCUCCCUUUUCUGCCGUUGACUCAAGUCAGGCCACAAGUAGUCUCCAAGAUGGGUCUCAUGACUUGAAAGCCAGUAGUCUCAGAACUGCGAAUGACAUAAUACGUCUGAAUAAUAACAAGGUUCUUUGUUAUUCUUGUAUGAGUGAAAAAAAAGGUCAUCUUGGCAACCCCGUUUGCUUGUCGGACUUUUACCUCCCUGAGCAAAAGCUAGCAAAACUUAUCCGUCGUUCAGUCAAAACCACAUCCUGA